AUAAAAAGUACCAGUGAUGUAAAUAUCACCAUCCGUCAGCAGCAGGUCGACUAGAGGAGCACGGAUUCUUUAUGAGAACAAGAAAAGUGACUGUGCAUCAAAUUUAUUCAUCGAGAUAUAUGUUAUACUGUAUAUGUUAUUGGAAAGUUUUUCAAGGGAUAUUUGACCCCAUGAGCAGACAUGCAGCCAUGACAAAUACCUUUUAUUUUGAUUCAAGCGUAUUUUAUUGUGUAAUCUGUGCCUCAACUUGCAGAAACCAUCACGGCAGCUAUAUUGGUUUUAACUCAAACAAGAGACUUUGAAAUAGUUCUAGAACAUCUUUAACCCAGAAAAAAACAUAAAUCUGGACUAUUGAAACCCAUCUGGAUCAAAAUACAAGGAAGAGUACGUUAGGUGGCCAUGUUGGAUUUCAUCCUGAAUAACUACUUUGCACAAAAAUGGCCUCAAAACACAACAAGAUUUGAAUUCAGCACCCUCAAAUUAGACCAACCAGUGUCAAUCACAAUAUGAUAGUUUUCUGCUCAGCUGAAUAAGGCAGGGUUUCUCCAGCUUGAUCCUUGGAGGUGAUUUUAACUUGUUUUUGAUCUCUUAAUAGUUCAAAAUAAAUGGUGAAAAUUUACUGUAAUCUACAAUUUUCAGAUCACUCAUGAUAAAAAUUAAUAAAACUAGUCAUAUGGACCUGAUCAUCGAUCAGUGUAUAACUAUAGUCAAAUUAUGGCACGAAAUCCCAUUUACGUCCAUUUUCGAUGACAUCCUGAAUUGAAUUACCACUACAUCGACAUUAUGAAGUAGAAUUAUGACACAUGUAAUCGAUGACAUCUUUGCUCAGUAACAACAUUUGGUUCAUCAUUUCAAUAGAUCCCAGAACUUCCAUCUCAUUCAGGAGCAGUGUUGCCAUCAAGAUCGCACAAAACAUGUCCUCACAUUUCCAGUUGCAGAAACAAAUACGGGAAGUGUUCCACAGAACGGCUUCUUAAUUUUUGAAGUUGAGGAACCGUAUUACAAGAAUGGACUGUAAAAUCUUCAUCCGAGUUGCUGCAGUGUGAGAACAGAAGGUUCAAAACACUCAAUUUAAUAUGGAAUUGAACAGGUGCAGCUUUUUGGCUGAUUCUGAGCCCUUAUUUUGAAAGAGCUGUUUUACCCCCAAAAUAAUCUUUUACUCCAAAAUGUUUUUUUUUUUUUUUUUUCCUCAAACUAAACAGUCAUUAAACUCAGUGUCAUUAAAUCUGAGACGGGCCACGCGCCACCGCUGGGACAGCUUAAAGGUUACUCUUACCUGUUGUCAUCCGUCAUUACGUCACGCGAUCACGUGACGGAGCGCGCCCAAUCAGAGAGCACACCCCGGAAGUAGCGAGAAGGGCACGCGUGUGUUACCGGUCGCUGCUGGGAUAUCGAAGCUUUGCUCGCUUGAAUCGAUUCCAAAUAUUCCGGGACGAGAUGCGACGGAUGUCGAGCCGUAGGAGGUGACCACCGGAGCCGCCGAGCGUCUGGAACGGAGCCGCGAGACUGUUCAACCGCGGAGUCGGUGAGUCGUGCUAACGUUAGCUUAGCCUCCCAUUCAUUUGAACGGGGUUAGCCUAGCCUAGCCUACCUUGUUGUUUUGGAGCGCUCUCAUGCCUGAGUUCUCUGAGUGACAUGUCAAAUGAAAUGUUAGUUCCGAGCCUUAUUUAUAUGGCUAUUGGUUCCCUGUUUGAUGACUGUGAAUGUGAUUUAUGCACUUUAAAUCUGACUUCUUGUCCAGUUGAUCACUGGAGCUGCCAUGCAGUUAAUCUAUGGACACCUGUCCUCAUAUCUGAGCACUGUGGUGAACAAAUUAAUAUUGCAAUAUUUAUUCAAAGCGAAUUUGUAUAAUGUACUUAUCAUAUCAGAUGAUAUGUGUAAUUAACGCUUUUUGACAGUAUUGUAGUUGUGCGUUCUCACUGGAUAUUGACUGGGCCUGUUGUUGAUGCAGGGCAGGUUUAUGCUGAGCCAGGAAGCCCAGUCUGGAAGCCUGAAGACUGUGUCCUGGAACACUGAUCCAAGCUGAACCCGCACUGCUGUGGUCGGGCUGGCACCAGGAGUCCGGUCUUGCUUUGAAGAUGGCGUCCUUGCAGUGGUUCUUCCUUCUCGCCCUGUCCUUUGCUCCCACGUUAGCAGAGGUCGUGGGUUCACUGGCGGACUGCAGUCAGUUCCUCCUCGACGACACGCCCCCUCAGAUUCCUGGGGUCGUCGAAGGGGGGAGAAUCCAGAAUCAGAACCGAUACAAGCCCAUCUGCCAGACUUACAGGAACACGCGGCGAUUUUUGACUCUGUACGACGUCCAGAAGCGGAUUCCAGUGUUUUCUGCUUACAGGUACCGAGGGGUCAAAGAGGCCGGGAGGCCGAAGAAGCACUGGAUGGUGGAGCCUCAGCUGGAGAAUGAAGGAGCGAACAAGACGAUGACGGGCAGAGACAAUCGUCAGCACUACAUCUACCAGGCCAUCGACACCGACUUCAGGUCCAACGGGACCUUCGACAGGGGCCACCUGUUUCCCAGCUCCCACGCGCUCACCAGAGAACACAAGCGCGCCACGUUCACCCUGACCAACAUCGUCCCGCAGGCCGGCUCCUUCAACCAGGGCAGCUGGAGCCGCAUGGAGACGUGCGUGAAGUGCGUCAUGGACGGCUACUGCGUGAACGGCAGCGGCGCCGUCGAGAGCUUCGUGGUGACGGGAGCCAGACCCAGCACCAAUAAGACCCUCAACAACAGGGUUAACAUUCCCACCAUGCUGUGGUCGGCCUUCUGCUGCCACAGCUCCAAAACACAGGCCUGGAUGGCGAGCGCGUACUGGAGAGACAACGUUCCUGAUAGCCGUGGAAGGGAGUAUCUGCAGCCGGGGACUCUAGCACAGCUUCAGGAGCGACUGAGGACGGCGGACUCUGAGUUUCAGGUGUUCCCUGGAACAGAUUGUCCUCUCAACGCAACCGUCAGACAGUUUUAUCCUCAGAUGAAGAACUGCCAGUGCGAGCCCUCCGCUUCAAAAUCUGACACUUCCACACCAGCGUCGGGGACUGCUUCCUUUAUUUCCCCCGUUAGUUUGUUGUCGUCAUUUUUGUCAUUGCUUUGUAUCGGAAUACAAUAUCGUCCACUUUCACUCUGACAUCUGCCACUCCCACUUCUCAGCCUCAUUCAGAUUUAAGUCAAGAAUAAUUCAGCUGGUCAAAGUAAGAGCAGACAGACAACGUAAGUCCUCAAUCUCCAAAACUGUGAAUUUGUCCUGGUUUGUAAAUGUUCAAAGAAACCCAGAAAACAUGGAUCCAAUAAAAACAUACCCAAAACUUUUGUUUGCAUUUCAGUGACUGAUGACUCUUUCG